AUGGCCGUACUCGCCAUCGUCGUCUUCGUAAUGAUCGUGGCCACAGUAGCCAAGCAGAGCAUGACCCCUCCACGCCCCAAGAAACCAAUUAUCGUCUUCGUCCCAGGCGCCUGGCAUACCCCUGCUGCAUAUGAUCUCCUCCUACCGCGCCUUCAUGCAGCAGGCUACCGAACUACGUCCGUUCACCUUCCCACCGUCGGUACAACCGGGCCUGUUAGCUUUGCCGAUGAUGUUUCCGCUGUUCGCAAAGUGGUUUCGGGUCUCGUCGAGCUAGAAGAGGACGUCUUUGUCGUCUCCCAUUCUUAUGGAGCCCAUCCGGUAACGGAGGCUCUGGAGGGGCUUUCAAAGAAGGACAGGUUAGCUAAAGGCCAACCGGGUGGUGUGGUUCAGCUAUUUUACAUUGCUGCCAUCGUUGCUACGAAGGGGAUAUCAUCUGCGGAGGCGUUUGGGCCCAUGGUUCCCAAAGAAAAGGGCGGAACGUGGAUAAUAUUCAAUGAUCACGGAAAUGGAUACACAUCUGUUGCGAAUGGUGAGGAAGCUUUCUAUCACGAUCUCCCUCCCAGCCUGGCGAAGUACCAUGCUUCGCUGCUGCGAACGCAGUUUCAACUGUACGUUCUUAUAUACUCCGAUGUUAAGGUGGUCACUGACGAUAGCAGCUCGGGUUCGGAACCCUUGACUUAUGAGGCUUAUAAAGACAUUCCUGCGGCUUUCCUCUACUGCGACGAUGACCGCGCGUUUCCCAUCGAGCGACAGAGGAAUGUGGUGAAGGCAGCUGGAAUCCAGCGCACUAUGUCGAUGAAUACCAGCCAUUCUCCUUUUUUGUCUGAUCCAGACAGGGUCGUCGAUUUUAUUAUAGAGCUGGUUAAUGAGGGGCCUAGUACGAGUCGCUUAUAG